AUGCCACAACAAACAAAUAUAAUGGAAGAUGAUGACCAUCAGCAACAUGAACAACAUCGGAAUGAAACAACAAUAACUAAUCAACAACAAUAUGCUUUUGUAAAUAAUUGUACCAUACAACCAACAUCACCAAUGUACAUGUUUGAAAUAUUAUUACGAUCCAUACGAGAUUCUAAAACUUUAAAUGAUGACAUGUUAAAAGAAUUAGCUAAUUUAUUUCCAUCAACAACACUUGUUCAUGCAUUAGAAUUAAUUGAUAAAGAAAAAGUAGUGAAAUAUGUUGCCAAACCAUCGGGUAGAGUUUUAUUUGGAGUUGAACCAUCACAUCAUGGAAGAGGAUCAAUUAAAUUGAAAAAAACAUACAAAUGUAUUUCCAAUAAUUAUUGUACAUGUCAUUCAUUUGCAUUUGCAGUUUUAACAAGAAAAGAAUCAAGAUAUUGUAAACAUUUACUUGCUGUUAUAUUAGCAGAAGCAUUAGUUGCAUUUAAAACUGUAACUGUUAAAGAUAGUGAAAUGGGUUUAUUAUUAUUAGAUGAAGAUUAA